CCCCGCCCCCUGUCACGAGCUCUAAGGUGUGGUCCAAUACCUAAACAAUGCAUUCAGAAUGUGAGCAGAGUUUCUCAGGUAGAACUGUCCUGUCUCCAGACUGAAACAGAUUCCCCUCAUACUCGGAGUCUGGGAUUCAUUUAGCUUUUAUUUAGCUGAUGUUCAGUUUGUGUUCUGAAUCGUGUCCUAAUGCUUUUAUUCUGCACUUCCGGCUUUGUUUCUGUUCAUCAGAGCAAGGGGUUAUAGUUUAUCGUCCAGUCAUGCAGUCCUGCAGCGUUCACCACUGUGUCCUGCUCUUACUCACCCUCACAUUCACCACUGCUCCGGUAUUAGCUGCUGUCUGUUCUAAAACAGUGAAGCUUCAUCAGCCUGUGACUCUCUCAUGUGAAUAUAAAUGUUCUGGUUCAGUCAAAUGGUCUUUAUUUAAUAAUCGAGAUGUUGUCUUCACUCGGUGUGAUGAGACGUCGUGCAGCUCACUGGUGAAGGGAUAUAAUAUGUCUCAUGAUCAGUACCAGGAUGGAGAUCUCUCUCUCAUCAUCACUGCAGCUGAUUACAGAAUGAGGAACACGUACUCGUGUGAGUGUGGCGUCUCAGAAAUCUCUACUGUGCGCCUCAGCAUUGAGACCGUGUUCUCAGCAGUUCAGAAGAACCCUGGUGAAGAUCUGAUCCUGGAUCUGUCCGUACCAGAGCCAGUGGAGGUGAUUUAUACAAGCAGUGAUUCAGCUGAUGGUGAACGGAUCUGUAACGUGACUCAACACUCACUACAGUGUAAAGCUGAAUACACACACAGAACAUCACUCAGAUACCCAGAGCUCACACUGAGAGACGUGACGCACAGUGAUCGUGGACGUUACACCAUCCGGGACACGGAGAAUAUGGAAGACAUCCGUGUGUACUCUGUCUCUGUGACAGAUGAGAAGUUUCCUUGGUGGAUAAUUGGACUCAUAGUGCCGGUGGUGGUGAUUCUGCUGGUGACCCUUCUCUUUCUAUGUAUAAAAUACCAGAAGAAUGCAGUCCAUGUGUGUGUGUUCAAAGACUCGCUCUCGAGGACGCCGCAGUGCUCCUGGUACGUCUAUUAA